UUGGCUUCUAAACUCAGCACUGCUCCAGCCCUAGAAGUGCUCUUGGUAGUUUGUACACAGGCACAAAGGGCUUCAUCAAUUCCAGCCACCUCUAAAGGAUUCCAGGGAAGAUCUCAGCUCAGCAUCGAAAGGAGGUGUUUGCAUCUACUCUCCUGACAGGGAUAAAUCUCUUCCUUUAAAAUGUCAAAACAGCCAGCUUCGAAUGUUAGAAGCAUUCAGGCUAAUAUCAACAUCCCAAUGGGAGCCCUUUUACCUGGAGCAGGUCAGCCACCAAAAAGAAAAGAAUUUACUGAAGCUGAUGAGAGCCUUCCAACUCCUUCAGAAGAGGAAAAGAAAAAGGUGCUCCCAGGAGCCAAGAAAUUACCUGGCCCAGCUGUAAACCUGUCAGAGAUCCAGAAUGUAAAGAGUGAGCUGAAAUUUGUCCCAAGAGCUGAACAGUAGUAACAAGAAUGAAAAGGUCUGCCAAGACGCAUAUGGAGAAGCUAAAUUGAUUGUAAUGAAGAAAGUUCACUGCAAUAGUUUAUAUAUUUAUAUGAUGAUUGUGAGCAUCCUGAAUACAAGAAACGUCAUAGGAAUAUUUGCACAUUUAUGGACUUUCUUGUUAUUGGUUUUGAUUACCGUAAAGCAUAUGGAUUAUAUUAGCUGCACACCAAAGCAUAUGUGUACAUAUACAUGAAGUGAAUUUGAUCAUACAAUUAGAAAUAAAUGUAGUAUUAUUUUAAAAGUAGAACUGAAAUAAAACAUUUUUUCAGAAAA